CCAACUCGAGAACAGUUAAUUGAAAGAUGGCACGAACGAAGCCAGUCCUCAGGACGAACUUAUAGCUUCACAGCACAAGCCUUGGGACUCGCAAAACAAUGGGGAAUUUUCCUCGACAAAGAUGUUUUUAGAUUCCUUCUUUGAUGAAGGGCAGCGAUAUCGUCUACAUGCUCGCUCUGCAUCCUCUGCAUGCAUUCUACGCAGACGAUAAUCUUGUCUAUUUUGUGGAGGGACUGUUGAGGGACUGUUGCAUAUACCUUGACAGUUGUGUCAUAGUGCUAAUGCUUUCAUUCAUCAGUUUGUGUUAAGUAAAAAGCCAUAACGUGUGUGCACGGAGGCCACGGUAAAAUACACAAAGAGUGCUUCUCAAGUUGCAACACAACCAAAACGAAUAUAAAGAGGUUUUGGGAGCUAAGCUGGAUUUUGGAAGGCGUUACGCUAAAUAUUCUUUGGCAUAUCGUUCCCACGAUCGACACACUUGUCUGCAGAGACGAUCUGAUCUGCGUGGAGACCUCAUACCGUCAUGCUUGCUUCAAGUCCCAAUCGUGUGUCAGUCAUCAAACAAUUCGUUACAAGGCGUGUCAAGGUGUCUUAUCAAGGCAUCACUUCGUGCACCCAAGAAUUAUGCCACAGGAGACAGCUACAUUUUGUUACCUUGAGAGAAAGAAACGCACCACAUGCCGACAACUACCAUGGUCCAACUGCACCGAGUCAACUUUCCAGAUACUGCACAGACACUGAUACGGAAGCACUGGACAGAUUGUGUGUCGAUUUUGAAGAGUACAAGAAACUCCUAGCAACUAAAGAUGCCUUGCUUAUUGAUGUGAGGGAGCCCAAGGAACUCGUUGAUGAUGGAAGAAUACCGGGGACCAUAAACAUACCGCUAAACGACGUGGGAGCAGCGUUUGAGCUGUCCGACGCUCAGUUCCUGCAGAAGUACGGCAGGCAAAAGCCAGCUGAGGACGACCCAAAUAUUGUGUUCAAUUGCCGUCGUGGUAUCAGAGCAACGUCGGCAAUGCAAGCCGCUCACAGCAAGGGAUAUAAGCAAGCGCGUUUCUACCGGGGCAGUUUCUGCGAAUGGGAGGAAAAAGGACAAGAGAUCAUCAAAGGCUGAUUUGAGUUAAGAAGAUAGUUUUAUGAUACGCAGUAGAAAAUGAUAUUGUUUAUUGAUAAUAAAUUUGGAAACUAUGGCAGAGCGCUGCCACUUUUGUAUGUAUUCGGAGUAGGUAGAUCAGUAGGGAAACUAUUUGAAAUUGUUCAGCUAAGUGAUUUCACAAUAAAGGAAACUGAAUCACAA